ACCCGGAUCUCUUCUGCUAGGAACUAUUUCCAGAGGCAUGUGAGCAACCCGGAUAUAGUAGUUUGUGACACACCGCUGUAGAACCAUGUGGAAGGCGUCGCGUUGACUGCGUAUUCGAAACUUCGUUUACUUUAACUGUUGUACAUUAAGUUUUACGGUCAUAAUGAACGUAUUUUUUCGUAUAAGCAUAUGUAUGGUCGAGCAACAAUCUAUGUAGCUUUGUUAACUAAAUUUACCAGCUCUACAUCUCGUUGAAUUAUGGGGAAAUCAAAGACCAAGAACCAGAAGAAAUCCCGUGUCACUGCCAACCAUGUGGCCGAGGAGACGUACGGAGCUAUCCCCCACUCCUUCGUGUUUCAACGGGGUCAGAUUGGAAAAAACGUGGGUCAGCUUAUCCUCGACAUGCGGAGAGUGAUGGAGCCUUAUACUGCAGAAUCUCUGAAGGUCAGGAAAAAGAACGUCCUGAAAGACUUUGUGGCAAUCGCAGGACCACUGGGAGUGACGCACUUUAUGAUCUUCAGCAAGACUCCCAGCUCUAUCAACAUGAGACUUGCUCGACUUCCCAAAGGCCCCAUGCUUCAUUUCAGGGUGCUAAAGUAUUCUCUUGUCAAAGAUGUGGUUUCAUCUCUGAAGAAGCACAGGAUGCAUGAGCAGCAAUUUACACAUCAUCCUCUACUCAUCCUCAACAACUUUGGUUCCGAUGGCAUGCACGUCAAACUCAUGGCCACCAUGUUCCAGCACAUGUUUCCUUCCAUUAAUGUGCACAAGGUAAGCCUCAACAAUAUCAAGAGGUGUGUGCUGCUGAAUUACAACCCCACGACAGAGGAAAUUGAAUUUCGACAUUACAGCCUGAAGGUCGUCCCGGUGGGAAUGAGCCGUGGAGUCAAGAAGCUGAUGCAGGAGAAGUUCCCCAACAUGAGCAAGUUUGAGGAUAUCAGUGAGCUCAUGAUUAAGGGGGCGAACCUUUCAGAAAGUGAAGCAGAGCAAGAUGGAGAGGACAACAUUACUGAACUACCACAGGUCUACUCUGGCCGAGGCAACAUGGCGUCCCAGCAAAGUGCUGUCCGUUUGACCGAGAUUGGCCCUCGCAUGACUCUGCAGCUGAUGAAGAUACAAGAAGGCAUGGGAGAGGGGAAUGUCCUUUAUCACACAAUGAUCUCCAAGACAGAGGAGGAAAUACAGGAGAUCCUGAACAGGAAGGAGGCGCAGCUAAAAGAGAAGGAGGGUCGCCGGAAAAAGCAGGAGCAGAAUGUCGCUCAGAAAAAAGAGAAACGAGAGGAGAACAAGAAAAAGAGUCUGGAAGGCAUUAAGAAGAAACGCGCUGAAGCAGAGUCUGAAGAGGACAGCGAAGUGGAGGAUCCUGGGAUGCAGGAGGAUCGGCCAGCUGCUGUUGAGUCUGAUGACGAGGUUGAGUACUACAGACAGGCUGUAGGAGAGGAGCCCGAUGAAGACAUGUUUCCCAGUACCAAGAGGAGGCACGGCUCAGAGAGGGAGAGGUCUCAUGGACCUGCCAAGAAGAGGAAGCUGUCCACUGGUAAACCAUUCAGAAAAGACAGAGACUCUAAAUCACCCAAAAGAAACGGCCCAGGAGGACAGCACAGAGACAACAAAGGAAAAGGCUGGAAGAAAUCUGGGGAUGGGGAGAAACCAUUUGGAAGAAAAAUGAAGCCUGGAGGAAAGGCGUUCGGAGUGAAGAAUAGGGGCGAUGGGGAGAAGAAAUUUGGUGGGAAGAAGAAAUUUGAAGGGAACAAAACAUUCGGGGGAAAGCAAAAUAAGGACAAAUCUUUCAAAUCUAAAGGUCCGAAAGGCAAGCCGGCCUUUAGGAGCAAAGGCACAGGAGCAAAGAAAGGCUUUAAACAGAGGAAGGGAAAAGAACCUUCAGCUGAAAGCAAGAUGAAUUUCACCUGUGUUGAGUUUCAAGUCGCCCUGCUGCCCACAAUGUAUGGAAUUGAGUUCAUCGUGGCACUGGCAGGGAAUCUGUUUGCCCUGUGGCUGCUGGUGGUCAGAGAGAGAAGAAACUGGCACACUGGGGUCGUCCUGUCUUGUAACUUGGCCAUCAGUGACCUGCUGUAUGUCCUCACCCUGCCUUUGCUGAUUGUCUACUACUCACGGGAUAAACACUGGUCGUUUAGUGAACCUGUGUGUAAAAUCGAAAGGUUUCUUUUCACCUGCAACCUGUAUGUGAGCAUCUUCUUUAUCAUGGCGAUAAGCGUGAACAGAUGUGUGGCCAUUGCAUACCCCUUCUUCACCCGUUCCUACGUAAAGCCUGCCCACGCCAAAGUCGUCAGUGUCAUCAUCUGGAUCAUUGUUGGAGUCAUUUCCUGCCCUGUGUUGAAAUAUGCUUCAGUUUGCCCAAAGGGCAACAAAAAGGAGUGUGUGUCCCUCUGUGACAAGACGUAUGAGAGUCCUCACUUCACUUACAAAAUAUUUCUUGCUGUGUUUGGGUGUCUUGUUCCCUUUCUGGUGACUUUCACUUCAUACUGCAUUGUGAUUUCAGUGGUGUGGAAAAAUACCAAUAUAACCACAUUGGAGAAACGCAAGGUAGCUCUGUUGGUCAUGGCAGUGCUCGUGCUGUAUGCCAUUUCCUUUGUGCCGUUCCACAUCUUCCAGAUUUAUCACUUGUAUGAGAAAAUUCAUUAUCCAGACAACCGAAACUGUUGGAUCUACGACAUGUACCAGGUGUCCAAGGGACUAGCAACGUUGAACAUGUGUAUCCAUCCAAUCCUUUACAUGGCUUUGUUUGACAGUAUCAGAGUGGCUUGUUGUGGCAAGAACAAAGAGGACAACAACAGGGUCGUGAUGAGGAAGUAGAACUGCUGCUAUUUUUAUGCUGUAAAAGCUUAAGCUAAUUUUGAUUCUACCCAGAAGAAGCUCUUUUUUUAUUCUUGUCUUGUUUUUGUUGCUAGGGCUACCAUAAGACUGUUUAGUUGUUAGUCUAAAGCCACUGAUCAUUUUGCCUCAUUGCAGAAUCAUAUAACUGUAAAGAUUUUAUCUAUAAUGACACACCCAACAUGACACAAAAAUAAAACUGACAAAUCGGUU